AUGUCACCAAGAGCGUCGAGGUGGACAGGGCAGCCAAGACAUCCAUCCCCAACUUUACCACCGACCGCUUAUAAAGAGCAACCGACACCUACCUCUUUUCUGGACGUGGCAGCAACCUCCAACGGGAAUCGUCCCACGCCAGAGUUUUCCCUGACCUUCACCAGAGAAUAUCACGCAACCCUAAGAGUCGCCAGCUGCGUCUCACAGCAGGGAAGAAGACUCUCGCAGCUCAGGGACUUUGCUCAUGAUUAUCUUGUCGAGACUCGCCGAACUGAGCUGUUAGAACAGUACCUCGAUUUUCAUGGCAUUGAUAAUCGCGCCAACCUUGAGAAGGCCUCGAGACAGGAUGUCAGGCAACAUUUCAAAGAAUGGAUUUCAAAUCAGAACGUCCCCACCGGCGAUGGCUUCUCCUGGAGCAAAACCGGGGCAGGGCUACCCCGUUUUCGCUUCUUUUUAUACGUCGACAAGCAAACUCUCGCCACCGUUGUUCAGUUACAAGAAGAAGACGAUGGUCACGUGCAUCCAUACUUCCGACCGUUGCUUCCUGCGAUGGUUGUCACUGUCGUUGAUGGUUCCUGGAGACCAGACACCGUGCAGAGCUACAAGCCUCAGAAUGAAGACGGAUACCCUGAGGCUGAUGACAGUUCGAAGAGAUACGUAGGCUUCGAGUACUAUAAUGCAUGUUACGCCACCGCGUUGUACGAGAAGCUUCAUGGAUACGGGCUUGUUAACUACGAGUCUUACAAGCGCCCGCCGGCGAUAGGGCCCGCGGGGGAUCAGACAAUGUCUUGA